AAAAAAAUGAGAGAUUUUCUUUGUUUACGUUCUCUUUUGAUUAUUACGGCACUCUUAGCAAUCCUUCUCUACAAUUAUUUACCGAUAAUAAUAACUAAAGAUAUCAUCUUUUAAUCUGCUUUGGAGAAAUUGCCGAAAACACCAGGAAUAUUUCGCAAUAAUCGAAAGAGAAAGUAAACAAAGAGAAACUUUCAUUGUUGCAUACGUCGUUUUGAAAAUUUUAUACAGAAUUAAUAUUCAAAAAUGUUUACAAAAAUUCCCAUUUAUUCUGGUUGAUUAUCGUAAGGUAAACUAGUUGAAAAUUUUUUGAAUUACGUUUUAAAAUGGUCCGCAAAUGUUGCGUUCCUGAUUGUACCUCGAAUUACGACGCUGCUCUGCGUAAUGGACAAAACCCUAUCAGUACUUUCAAAUUCCCCGACGAUCCAGAACUUCGAAAGCGUUGGAUACACGCUGUAAAAAAAGACGACAGUUGGAAUCCUGGUAGAACAGCCAGUGUGUGUAUCAAUCAUUUUCACCCGGAAGAUAUUUUAAAAUACGACAAACCAGCGAAAUUAAAGUUAGAAGCUGUGCCAAGUAUAUUUGGAUUAAUAUUAAAGAAUACUGGUUCGGUGGUUGUCAAACGCGGUAGACCGAAAAAGUGUAGAACGGAAAUGUCCGAAGAUAAAUUAGAUUGCAAAGAGCUUGCCGAAGAUUAUGUGACUCCUGUCGAAGAUUAUGUGACUCCUGUCGAAGAUCUAAUGAAUGAGUUGAUCAUCGAUUUUGAAAGUUUCAAUAGACGCAUUGCGGAGUGUGACAAUUUGACAAAUUGGUAUUAUCAUCGAAAUAAUGAUAUUUUCUACAUUUAUAAUAUUGAUGAAGGGGAUGAAAAUCAAGCCAUACGGAUCGAGAAUAGUAUAAAAAUUUUCGAGGAUAUGAAAAUGAGUCUUUUCAUUGGAGAGGUAAAGCAAGCUGAUGAUGCCUUGAGAUGGAUUCUAGGACACGAAAUGAAAAUAUGUCGAUGGUCCCAAUUUGAAACUAUUUUGCAAAAGUAUGAUAAAACCAUAUACUCACGAGACAGAGAUAAUAAUUCUCUUCCUGUACCAGAAAAUACCACUGAAAUGGACGGGGAAUCAGCUGUGCUUGAUAGUUCCACUGGCGAUCGUUUUGUCAUUGACACAAUAGACAAUACAAACGAGUCUUCGAAAACUAUCAAGUUGGAAAUAGAAGAGAAUUUCGACUCACAAGAGAACAUAGAAUUUCUAACUAUAGAUGACAAUAAUGAGUCUACAAUGAUGGAUGAUUCGGAUUUUCGGCCCCGAAGAAAUCCGCUUGGGUCCUUUAAACAGCGGCCGCUAACAUUUGAAGAACGAUUAGAACGAAAAACUGUCCGUGACACAUUGAAAUAUUUGAGAAACGUGCAAUAUAAUUGUUUCAUUUGUAAUACAGAACAUGAAACUAGCGAUGAACUCGAGCAUCAUCUUCCCGAACAUAUUAGCAUGCUGCCGUAUAAUUGUAAACAAUGUGUGUCUGAGAAUGUGACUUUAAAAACUCUUGCAUCACUGAAUAAGCAUUUUCUGAUGCACUUGAAACCGUUGAAAUGCCGAAAUUGUGAUGUAAGAUUUUCCAGUUACGGAACGAGAUUGCUACAUGAGCGGAAUCUUCAUAGCAACAAAGGACCAUUGACAUGCGAUAUUUGUGGAAAGACGUCGAAAUCUAUUCGAGGUUAUCAGCAUCAUAGAAAGGUUCAUGUUGAACCGGAAAGGAUGAGGUGUCAGAUUUGCGAAAAAGCUCUUUCAUCUAGUUAUGAGUUGAAAUUACAUAUGCGAGUACAUACCAAGGAAAAACCAAAUCAAUGUCCUUUCUGUGAUGCAAAAUUUAACCGAGUUUCAAAUCUCGUUGCGCACAAACGACGGUAUCACUUCAAAGAGAAUCCAUUUGUUUGCACUGUUUGCGAAGAGCGUUUUCGGCUAAAUACUGAUCUAGCUCGGCAUAUGCUUUGCCAUGAUUCUGCGGACGUCAAGGCAACUAAAAGAAAACCCCUUCGAAGAGUUUCGAAAGUUACUGAAACUAAAGACUACCAGUGUAAAAUCUGUGAUAAACGUAUGACAGCUAGAACUGAUUACCAUUCUCAUAUGAGAAAACACCGGAAACCGUAUCAGUGCAGUUACUGUGGUCUUCAAAUAGGACAACGAAGAGAUUUCAUGGAUCAUGAAAACACUCACACUGGUAAUAGGCCCUACAAAUGUGAGAUCUGUUCGAAACGAUUUCAAACGUCGUCCACGUAUUAUGGGCAUCGUAAAGUUCACUUGACCGAGAAGCAAUUUGCGUGUGAUAUUUGCGAUCGUCGGUUCAGUCGACUAACGCAUUUGACGGCACAUUCCCGAACACAUUCACUCUCUGAACGUGAGCAACGAGCAGCACAGUGUGACGAGACCACGGAGCAGAUUAAAAACACCAAUGCUGUAUUAAAGCAUGAAAUAAUUUUGGCUGAUGAUGAAACCAACGAAUCUCACAACGAUAUUGUAAUCUAAGUGAUAUAUUUCAAAAUUUUACACGGAAUCAAUUAAAUUGACAUCUUCCAA